UGUAAUGUAAACAUUAGAUGGUCGAGGAAUGCAUUUAGACAGUAGGUGCUGGUAGUGAAUAUUAUCAUGUGCGGUGAUAACGUGGCUGCGAGUCGGCGGGGUUUAGUCGGCGACGCGGGGUCGCGUGGUGCGGUCGCGUGUAUCGUUGCUAUCGCUCAAGUGACGUACGGAACCGCUUCGUGUGUUCGCGCUCGCGUACGCGCCGCAUUCCAUCGUGGGGGCCCUUCGCCGCUAUUGGCCGAUCCCGCGUGACGUCACACCUCGUAAUGAGGUAUUCAACAUGGCCGUGUAGCUAGUUCGCGAGUGUGCUUCGUUACUCGUUUGAAUGGAUUUAAUCAGUGAAAUAUGCCAAGGAGACGAAACGGUGAGAUACCCUUGCCCGACGGAUGGGAUUAUGCGAGGGACUUUGACGGAAAACUGUAUUUCAUCGAUCACAACAGUAGAAAAACGACGUGGAUCGACCCGCGAGACAGAUAUACUAAGCCACAGACAUUCGCGGACUGCAUUGGCAAUGAGCUGCCACUUGGAUGGGAGGAGGCCUACGAUCCACAGAUCGGACGCUAUUACAUCAAUCAUGUCAAUCAGGUGACGCAGUUGGAAGACCCGAGGUUAGAAUGGCUCAGCAUUCAGGAAGCGAUGCUGAGGGAGUACCUGCAUACAGCGCAGGAGGCUCUCGAGGCGAAGAAAGAGAUGUACGAUGUGAAGAAACAGAGGUUGUGUUUAGCCCAGGAUGAGUACAAGCAUUUGAAUAAUGCACUCUCCACGCUCGCAGCCUCUAGGACUAGUCUGUGUUCAUCAACCACGUCUAUGACGACAACGUCGACGACUUCCCGCCAUGACCCCGAGCUGCUAAGAUCGGAGGUGACGCAGGCUCGCGGCCGCGUCGCUCAGCUACGCAAGGAGCUAAGGCAAGCGCGAGCAGAGGUCGCCAGCGCCCGUCGCGGAGUCGACACCUUGGCUGAGGUGGAGCAAAAGAUCAGUGCUCAACAGGGCUGCUACAACAUCACUGAAGCCCAAGCAAUUAUGACUGAGUUGAAAAACAUUCAGAAAUCGCUCACCUCAGGGGAGAAAGAAAGAGCAGACCUCAUGCAAUCAUUGGCGAAACUGAAAGAUGAUUUGACGAGAUUGCAACUUGGGGACGCAUCACCUGACCUAUCAACUCUGUCCCUCCCUCAGGAGAAACUAAGUACUGCUUCCCAAACUGACUUGUGUGCCGACUUAGUUCCUAUUGGCACGAGGCUAGCUGAAAUGGCGCGGGUUCGCCUACAGUACGAUGAAGCCAGGAAGAGGAUACAACAGAUACAGCAGCAACUUGCCGACCUUGAGGACAAAGUCCAACCAGGGCAAGCGGAAUCCGACAAGGAUCGACUGCUGCUCUUCCAAGAGAAGGAACAGCUACUCAGAGAACUCAGGAGUAUAACUCCAAGAACAAGAUCUAAACAAGAGAUGACUGAAAUCCAAACGGAAUGCAAGAGAUUAGAGCAAGACCUCAAAAAUGCCUUUGAAAUGUCCAACAAGUGCAUUGCUGACCGACUAAGGUUACACGAAGAAAAGCAACUGUUAUUACAACAGUUAAAAGACGCGUUAACAUCAAUGACGACAUUAGAGGGACAGUUGAAGACUUUAUCAGCAAGUACCCUGUCAGUGUCAAGUAGUUCGAGUUUAGGGUCCCUCUCUACAGCCAGUAGUAAAGGCUCCCUAAGUUCCGGUAUCAGUUUUACCGAUAUUUACGGAGGCCCGCAAAUAGCCACGUCGUUCUCCGCUGACAAACCCAUCGACAUGGUAGAUUUGCAUCGAAGAGUUGAAAGGUUACUACGUGGCACAAGUUACAAUGCUGACAGUGUCACUCCCGGGGCCAGCAGUUCUCCCUCUCAACCGUCCUUGUCACCCAGGAGUAGUCUUUCAUCAGCCAGUCCGCCGCCACCACCACCUUCUUAUCAUCAGGUGGAAAGGCAAAGGCGGCAACAGAGAGAGUUGGAAGAGAAGUUAGCAGAAAUGAGGAUAGGUGUCGCCACCGGCCUCAAUGAAGUCACAGGACUUGCCACAAUUCCAGUUCAGCUGCAAGGGCCGGGGCGGCCGUGCGAGCCGCUGUCGCCUAUCUCGGAGACGCCGCCACCACCCUCGCCCAGGACUCCCUCCUCUAGUGGCACAAACACUAGAUCGGUAUCAGCGGCAGUGAGCGACGAAUCAGUGGCGGGCGACUCUGGCGUGUUCGAAGCGGCGCAGGCGGCUAACGAUCCUUCCAAUGCUGUAAACAGUGCCCAAAUUGAGAUCAAAUUGCGCUACUGUGUAGAAGAGAGUGCUCUGGAGAUCGGCAUCCUGCGCGCACGCAACCUGCACGCGCUGUUCAUUGACAUCGGCACUCAAGUUGGAGUCCGCUGUGCCCUCGUAGUAGGCGGCGGCUGCGGCGUGGCGUGGCGCGCGGGCGGCGCGGCGUGGCGCGGCGCCGCGCUGGCGCUGCGCCACGCGCACUCCGCGCCACUGGGGACUCGAGCUCUGAGGGCUGCCACGCUGCAGGUCAAUCUUACUGCUGGGGAUGAGUGUUUGGGUUGUGCACAAGUCAGUUUAGCAGACUUCGAACCGGACACGGUGUCUCAGAAAUGGUAUAAUGUGCUCAGCUUCAGGUGUAUGAGAAGAGAUGAGAGUUCGGAUGAGUCUACCGUUAUAUCUUCUCAGACUUCUACUCUUACUAGGAACAGAGGACCAGAAAGUAUGACGGGAGCAGAGUGCAACGUAGAUUGUGGUGACAAUUCAGCAUCGGAGGACGAGGAGUCCAGAGAACCACUCAAUCAGAUAGUGGAAGAGGAUUCAUUCGAGGACUACAUUCCUGAGGAGGAUAUUGCUUUAGAGGAGGAAUUCCUCCACCCCACCACCGCCGAGAAGGAAACUAACACUGAAUGUAACUUCUGUCCUGAAGGCGCGAGGCAAUUACAUAGAAGAAAAAGCCAACAAGUGAACGCCAGCGUCGGCGAGCCCCUGGCCACAAUCAAGAGGUCUCAAACAUUCUCGCCGCAACCACAGAGCAUUGCUAAAGCCCAGUACAUUUGCAGACUGAACCGUUCGGAGUCGGACUCGUCGAUGGCGGCGUACGCGCGGCGCGUGACGUCACAGCCGCCGCCGCCCGCGCGCAUUCCCUUCGACCGCAGCGUGCGCGAGCGACGCUCGCUCAGAUGGGGCCGCUCCGGCAUGUCGGGGGCCCGCGGGGGCCUGCGGGCGGCGCCGCGCACGUCGCUGGACCUGGCGCUGGACCUGCGCGCGCAGCACUCGCGGCUGCACCAUCUGCGCACCGACAUCGCCAACCUCACCGCGCUCAAGAAGAGGUUAGAAGAAGCCUGCACCCGUAACGACCCAGCCGUCGCAGCGUGGGUGGCCGAAGACGAGACACUACGCCGGCUGAUCUCCCCCGGCACGGCGGGCGGCGAGCGAGCAGCCCGCCUGCUGAGCCGCACGUGCCGCGAGAUCUACCGCCUGCGCAAGAGUCGACAGGGAGGACGGAAACCUGACCUCGUCACCUUCAAAGAAAAGAUGGCCUUCUUCACUCGAACAAAGACCACAAUCCCCCUCCUACCCGGCGAGGAUGGCGACGAAAUUCUAUCAGAGGACGACUGGGAAGACGAACUUGAAGAGAGAAGGACCCCCGACGGCCGGUCUUCCAAGACCUCGUACGAGCUCCGUCGAGACCCCCAAACGACCCCACAGGAGGUCCCAGAGGUCGUGGAGUGCAAGAACCCUUGUCUCAACAAGGAAGAUACUAAGACUGAUGAAGUGAGGUAUGAGUUUGUGGUUGAUAGAGUGCUGGGUGUACAGGUUUGAAAGGGGGGCUGUUUGCUAAAGAUGGUUUGUUGCGCAAGAGUCGAUUUGUCAGUUGAAAAAACGUAAAAACGUACAUUUUAUAUGGCUUUGAAGAAAAUUUCGAUCUUUUUCACAGUUGAAAAUUCAGUUGAAAUGGCGACUCCUGCGCAAUUUGAAAUUAAAACCAACUGACGCAAAACAGCUCUAGUAUGGCCUAUGGCAAAAAUAUGGCACCAUAAAAAAUUGCAAAUAAACAAUAUUUAAAUAUUUCUGUGAUCAUUAUUGCCUAUUGAGAUUUUCUGGAUCGAAGACUGAGCGAGAACUUAUAUAAUAUGUGUUAUUGGUUAUAUUAUAUAUAUCCGGACUCUAAUACGUGUACGUAUCUGUGCAAAUAGAGUGCCAUAAAAUUAAGAUUACAAUAUUGAAUCUUAUACAUUUUUAUACCACUUAUGUAUCGUAUCGUAUUGUAUGUACAAAAUAAUGAACAAAAUUUUUGAAUGUUACACACUCCUGAAACAAGUAUGAUUUGAUGAAAUCCCGCCCAGAUAUAGGUAUACUUAUGUAUUUAAAGUUGUAUAUUAUAGUAUAACUGACAAUAUAAGAUAAUAAUUGCAACAAUUUCUUAUUGAUAUUACAAAGUCAAAAAAUAUUUAUCUUGUAGUUCAGGGGUUAAAUGUGCCUUUAAAUGAUUGGUGCCUGAAAUAUAGCCUGCGAUUGUGCCAUAUAUGGCAUGCCAGAUGGGGUAAAUAGGUACAAAGUAGUUGUAUGAUGAGUCACAAAAUGUAUGCCAAACAUAUUUUUUUAUUGUAAUUAGAACAUAAUGUGGGGUUACGGUCACUUUGUAAAUAAAAAUACGUAAAAUUGCGGACCCACCGACUAAGUUCAUCUGUAGAUAAAAUAUAAACAAAAGCACACACAAAUAAUUUUUGCAAAAUAUUUAAAAAUUACGCAAAAUAUUUAAAUUUUAAAUUGACUACAGUACAUAAUUGCAAUUUUACAUAAGUACUUUACAACAAUGUUUUUAAUAUUUGCAAAAGUUAUAUCAAGUUAGGGUUCUCUCCACCGAAUAUAUAGGACUUGAAAGGCCAAAAAGAAAGCUUUGUACAUAAGGCUAAAAUUAUGUGGAGUACUCGCCCUACACAAUAUAAAACCGACCUAGAAAUUAUCUGAAAUUAUUUUUUAAAACCGUUCACAAAUAUUCAUCAUAAUAACCUUAAUAAGUUUGUUAAGUAAAGUGCCUAAACUCUGACCGUCUUACCACAAAAACUUUUUAACGUCAGUUUAAGCCUUGUCUAAAAAAAUGUCAAAUUAUGACGUUGACAUAUGGUUCAUUUUGGAGCCACAUUUUUUUUAGACAAGUGUAAAACAGUGGUUAAAGUUUUUGUAGUAAGGCCAUAACUAGUUAACUUUCUAGGUCUGACGAACGUAACCGGGCACAUUGACGUUUUAAACGUGCAAUAAAAACGUAAUAUCAAUAGAUAUAUAUAAUUCCAUGUGUUAUCAGAUCUGAGUUUGUACUGAACACUUUGUCUCACUCAUUAUCAUUCUUAUUUUAAGACUACUUUUAGUAACUUUAAUUAUAAACGCUAAAAUUUUAGUAAACCUAAUGUAAUCCUUUCUAUUUAUUUGACACUCAAAUUCAUAAGCAAAGGAACUAUAUUAGCGUUUAUAAAUAAAUAAGUUAUUUUAUAAUAUUUUGGGAAUUCAAAUAUAUCAAGUCGUUGAUAAAUUACUUUUUUUGGUACAACAUUCAAAAUUACAAAAAUUGUUUGGUUUCUUUAACCAGUUGAUAUAUUUGUGUCCCCAAUAUCGAUUAAGUCCUUGUACAUUUUGUACAUAUCAUAUUUAAUAUUAUUAUUCUAGCUUAAGAAAUCUGUGUAAAUAAUCUGAAUAAAAAAUACGUUUUAUAAAAGAAUUUGCAUAUCUGAAUUUUGACUUUAUGACUAUUAUUAUUUCUAAUUAAUUAUUUAGCAAUAUUAGUCGAUGUUAAGUAUUUUUAUAACAAGAAUACAAUAGUCUCUUAGCUGUAAUCUUUACGUAAUGUUACAUUUUUGUAAAAAAUGUAUAUUUUUUAUUAUAAUUAUUUACUUGGAGUUUUUAUACAUAGUGUAAUUGUUACUGAGGUGAAUUUGGAUUUGCCAAAUUAAUAUAAGCCUUGUUUUAAUUCUUCCAUUAAAAUAAAGGGGUCAUUAUAUUUUGUAAAAAUGCCAAUACAAUUCAUACAAAUGAAAAUAAAAAUUAUAAAUUAAUA